UUGUCCGUGUGUUUGACGCUCACGAACUUUUUUGAGUCGUGUUUUUGGAUCAGAACUUUUCACUUAUGGUUGGAGAAUAUGGGGUCAAGUUAUGGGUUCUCUCCGGGAAACAUCGCGGUCAUGCUGCUGCUGUUUGGAGGAGCCUUUUGCCUGUACUUCCCUCAGACUGAGUACACAGAGACGGUGUACGUGGGGCAGCCUGCCGGGACCCCCCUCCUCCAGCUCCACUCUCUCCUGGACAGUGACACAGAGCGGCCGCACUUUUACCUGUGCUGGACCGGCACUCCUAAAGUCUACAGCUCCUGGUUCACCAUGGACCUCCACACCGGGGUCCUGUCCCUCAACAAGACGCUGGAGGAGAGCGACUUUGCACUGCUCAAUCAGAAGCUUUGGUCAGUACAGAAGCUGGUCUUGAGGACGAUGGUGCUGCCCUCUAGCUCCAGUCGAACUCAGUGUGGAAACAAGAAAACCGCUCGGAUCGUUCUGGAUUUUGUGAAUGCCUCUGUACCUCAGUGUGGACAGACGGACUUUAAAGAGUUGUGCUUUCCUCACAGAGACGCCUCUAUCCCUCACAUCAUGGAGAACAGGUAUCCCGGUGCUGUGAGGCAGCUCAGGAGGCUGAGCAGAGCCGGGGUGUGCCCCAACUACACCAUCACCUACAAUGUGGAGUCAGAGUUUCCUGCUCCUUUUGCUGUGAAUGACUCGACCUGGGAGCUGGUUGUGACGGCGCCGCUGGACCGCGAGGAGAAUGAGCGGUAUCGACUGCUGCUCCUCUGCACCAUCAGGACCGACUCAGUCAUCACUAAACUGGAGACCCCUCUCGAAGUCUUCGUCAACGAUGAAGACGAUAAUGCCCCCUUCAUCAACGGAACAGACACAGCAGAGAUCACCAUCAGCUACAACAGAACUAAGGGAGGUUCUUUUGGGACCUUGUAUGUGUAUGACAGAGACCUGACGCCCAUCUACCCAGACCAGAGACAGAACAAAUAUGUUUGGACGUCGCUCAACAGUGAUCCCUGGAUGAAAGAAACAUUUGACCUGAAGGGAACGUUCAGGGAAAAGAAAAAUGCUCUGGGAGGAAUCAGGGAAACGGUUCAUGAUUACCAGCUGGUGCUGAAGAGGAGUCUGUUUGUGAAUGAGAACCGCUCGGUGCAGUUACAUUAUUUGGUGAAUGACACAACGUACCCAGGUCUCAGAGGGACCGUCCUGCUUCACUUCAACGUCACCAUUUUACCUGUGCAGAUCCUGUUCCCCAACGUCACACAGGUGUUCACAGUGUCACGAAGAGCAUCAGUCUAUGCACAGGUUGGCAGAGUGUGCGUGGAUAACUGCCCUGAGUUUGACGGUUUCGGAGUCUCGUAUCGUUUGGAGGUCCCUGAUCGUAACCUGUCCUCGAGCCUUCUGUCCUGCUACAGUGCGGUGAGUGUGGCCCAGGGCGAGGAGGAGCGCUGGGGGCUACUGUUUGUUAAUGACACAGACCCCCUGGGACGUCCCGAGUGUCGCGAGCUGCUCUACACUGUGAUCGCACAAGAGGAGCACACUCAGGAGGAGGCCAGCACGCAGAUCCUCAUCACACUGGAAGGAGAUGCCAGUAAAUCUCUUCAGGAGACUCAGGAGUUCUCGUCUUGCGCCGGAAACAAGCGUCGUGGAGAGUGUGAAUCAGUGAGAGGGUUAGGAGCAACCAACGGGAGGUGCCAAUGGAGACAGGGCAAAGAGAGAGGGAUUUCAGAAUCGUACUCCACCUGCUCUCCAGACCUGCGAACAUGCCCCGAUAGUUUCUGUGACGCUGUCGAAAGCAAAGACCCCUCCAUCUGCCCCCAAGACUGCACAAAGGGUCCAGUGGUGGGCGGACAUGAGCGUGGGAUUCGUGAUGGGAUCCAGGCGGGGUACGGGACCUGCUACUGCCUCACAGAGAGGUGCUUCUGUGAGAAAGAGGAUGAUGAGGUGGCAAUAUGUGACGACAUGUGUAAAACCAUCAUCGCGACUGCUCUGCUCCUCUCCUUCAUCGUGUCCAUCCUCCUCUCCUCUUACUUCAUCCACCGAUACCACAAGAACUCUCCCAAACCGCCCAUCGCCUCUGCAGAGAUGACCUUCAGGAGACCAGCCCAGGCCUAUCCCAUCAGCUUCCCCGCUAACAAUGUCCGCAGAGGCUCCCAGGAGUCCAUCGAAACUGAUACCUUCAAAAUACCUGAGGAUCCGAAGUGGGAGUUUCCACGUAAAAACCUUGUGCUGGGGAAGACUCUGGGAGAGGGAGAGUUUGGGAAGGUUGUCAAGGCAACGGCAUUCAGGCUGAAAGGAAAAGCCGGAUACACAACUGUGGCUGUGAAAAUGCUCAAAGAAAACGCCUCUCACAGUGAGUUACGGGACCUGCUGUCGGAGUUCACUUUACUGAAGCAGGUCAAUCACCCUCACGUCAUCAAAAUGUUCGGAGCCUGCAGCCAAGACGGACCUUUGUACCUGAUUGUGGAAUAUGCCAAAUUUGGAUCACUGCGAAACUUCCUCAGAGAGAGUCGGAAAGUUGGACCCAGUUACAUGGGACGUGACGCCAACCGAAACUCCAGUUAUUUAGAAAACCCAGACGACCGAGCUCUGACUAUGGGGGACCUGAUAUCCUUCGCCUGGCAGAUCUCAAGAGGCAUGCAGUACCUCGCCGAAAUGAAGCUGGUUCACAGGGACCUCGCAGCUCGAAACGUUCUUGUGGCUGAAGGUCGAAAGAUGAAGAUUUCAGACUUUGGUUUGUCCAGAGACGUUUACGAAGAAGACUCAUACGUGAAGAGGAGCAAGGGCCGCAUACCUGUCAAAUGGAUGGCCAUAGAGUCAUUAUUUGAUCACAUUUACACCACACAAAGUGACGUAUGGUCCUUUGGGGUACUUCUCUGGGAGAUUGUGACACUGGGAGGAAAUCCCUACCCUGGCAUCGCCCCUGAACGCCUCUUUAACCUCCUGAAGACGGGAUAUAGAAUGGAGAGACCAGAGAACUGCUCAGAGGAGAUGUACAGCCUCAUGCUCCGCUGCUGGAAACAGGAAGCAGACAAGAGGCCGACCUUCUCCGACAUCAGCAAAGAACUGGAAAAGAUGAUGGUGAAGAGUCGGGAUUACUUGGACUUGGCGGCCUCCACUCCAGCGGACGGGCUGCUGUACGACGAUGCGCUCUCCGAAGAAGACACUCCUCUUGUGGACUGUAAUAACGCCCCUGUCCCUCGCUCACUCCCCUCCACAUGGAUUGAAAACAAGCUCUAUGGCAUGUCUUACCCCAACUGGCCCGAGAAGAGCCCGGUGCCGCUCAGCAGACACGAUGCCUCUAAUCCGCUCUUUACAAGAUAUGCCAAUGAUAGUGUAUAUGCAAACUGGAUGGCUUUGCCCUCACCCCCAAAAGCUGUGGAGACGUGCGAUAGCUAAA